GCAGCACGGAGGUGGAGGAGUGUGCAUUCUCAACAGUGUAUGAUGUAUCAGCCACCAAUACGAAGCAGAAGAACAAAUUCCUUGAAACCAUGGAUGAUUGCCCUUUUUGUUGCAGCUGUUGUGUUGGUUCUAGCAAUAAUCAUCGGUCUCCUUGUUUAUUUUUUGGCAUUUGAUCAGAAAAAGAUGCACUAUUUCCAAACGUCCUUCCAGAUCCCCAGUAUUGAAUAUAAUCCAGAUUUUUCAGUAGAGCACUCAAAAAUUAGGACUGACCUGAAACAAAAAAUCAAUGAUGAGAUUGAUAAAAUAUUUCAAAAUUCCAGUUUAAAUCAUCAUUACAUCGAAUCUCAUGUUGUCAACUUUAGGUCAAGUCAUGAUGGAUUGAAAACAGAUGUAUUGCUUAAAUUUCACUUUCUUCCUAACAAUGCAGAAACAGUAAAAAGUCAAGCUGCUAACAUUUUGCAUCAGAAGUUAAAAUUAAAUGAAAGCUUCUUGAAGAUAGAUACUUCAUUGCCUUAUCUUAAAGAUAUAAAUAAAAUACAAGCAGAGCACAUUCUGAACAGCGGUUGUGGUUUAGGGAGGGAGUCUCCAUCCAUGGAAAAAAUUGCUAAUGGUUAUAUUGCAAAGAAAGCUGAUUGGCCAUGGCAAGCCAGCCUGCAAAUGGAUGGCACCCACUAUUGUGGUGCCUCUUUGAUCAGUGAGGAGUGGCUCCUGACUGCAGCGCAUUGCUUUGACACUUACAAAAACCCCAAACUCUGGACGGCUAGUUUUGGAACCACUCUAAGCCCUCCGCUAAUGAGAAGAAGGGUGCAGUCAAUCGUCCUUCAUGAGAACUACGCUGCCCAUAAGCACGAAGACGACAUCGCGCUGGUGAAGCUCUCCACUCCCGUCCUGUUUUCCGAAGAUGUGCACAGAGUCUGUCUCCCGGAUGCUGCAUUUGAAGUCUUGCCUAAGAGUAAAGUGUUUGUCACCGGAUGGGGAGCACUGAAAGUAAAAGGUCCUUUUCCCAAUACUCUUCGACAAGUUGAGGUAGAGAUCAUAAGUAAUGACAGAUGUAAUGAAGUUCAUGUAUACGGUGGUGCUGUGUCAUCGGGAAUGAUAUGUGCUGGAUUCUUGGAAGGAAAACUCGAUGCCUGUGAGGGUGAUUCUGGGGGACCUCUGGUUAUAGCACGUGAUAGAAACAUCUGGUAUAUUAUCGGAAUAGUAAGCUGGGGAAUAGACUGUGGUAAAGAAAACAAUCCUGGAAUUUAUACAAAAGUGACUCAUUAUCGGGACUGGAUUAAAUCUAAAACUACUAUCUAAUGCAACAACCAUCUACCUCCAGCUGAAAAUGUCAUGUGUGGUGUCUAGGAAAUUGUGUCCAGUAUGUGUUUGCCAUGUAUGCUGUCAUUGAGGUCAAGGUGCAAAUAAGCAUGAUGUGACAACUCUUCCCUUAGAUGUGAGGAAAAGACAGGCUUUCUUUCACAUAAAGAAGUAUUUUGCUGAAGUGUUUUUCUGACCAUGAACAUACAAAAAACUGUCAUCUCUUCAAAGAUCCACCAUUGCUGCUGUGUUUCUAAUGACCUCCUUGUUCACCUUUCUAUCCCUACUAUACGCUUCUCAGUUUAGCAUAAUCCAGCAGUUUAAGUAGGUAAGUAGCAAUUGGCUAAGCAUUCUCUAUUUUUUUCCGCUGACAGAUCACACUGUCCUUCCCCUGACUCCACAGUUUUUAAUCUUCCUCAUCAAAUAGUUCUCAUUAGGAAUCUGUAGGUCCAUGUACUAGGCAAAUCAAGGUAAUUAGUUUUUUGGCCAAUGCUAACACAAAUGAUGGAGGGGCAUUAGACAUGAAGCCAGAACUUAAGAGAUGGCACUACUGUGAGUUCUUUCCCCUUUGCCCUCAGAUGCAUGUGUUACCUCUCUUUGAAAUUUGAAGAAAAACUGUCAUUUACAUUUACACCCAGAUUUUAAUUUCCUUAAACUACUACACUAAUCUUUACUUUUGAACAAUAACAAAAUAUUUGAAUCAGAAAGCAAGAGAACUGAAAAUAUUGCCUAG